AUCGCAGGGAGAGAGAGGCAGAGAAGAAGGCGGCUCUCCGAUUCACCACCUGACCUUCUUCACCCUCUCCCAUUCAUAUAAACCGAUUGCUCCUCCUUCUCUGUGCACUCAAGCGUCCUUCGCGCUCGUUCUCCUCUCAAGCAGAAGAGAAACUCCCCACAGAAUUCGUAGACAUUUCUUCACCAGAAUGGAGCACUCCAUUGCCAACCCACAGGUUGAAGAGGAGAAGCAGCAGCAAAUGGUGGCGGUUCUUCCAUUUGGGUCGCUCUCCCUCUCGCUUUCCUCCGCCAUCGCUCCGCAUUUCACUUUCACCAAGCCUGCGGCCACCAGUCACCUCUCCCCACCAACCGCCUCCUUCAAGCUAUCCUUCUCCACCCCCAACCUCUCCAUCAGGUCCUCCCUGUCUUCCUCCGCCUUCUUCAACCCUUCCCCGAGCCCACUCCGUCGCAAUUCUGGCCUGAGAUCCGCCUUCUCCUCGUCCACGAUCGCUAGUCCGCUCCGCCACCUCCCUGGCAACUCCGACAACUCCCCUGGCGGCGCCUACGGCAGGAGAAACACCAUCGUCUGGUUCAGGAACGACCUCCGAGUCCACGACAACGAAGCCCUCAGCUCGGCUGAUUCCGAGUCCCUGUCGCUCCUCCCCGUCUUCGUUUUCGACGCCGCGGAGCAUGGAAAGCCGGCGGCCGGUACCGACAGGAACGCCUCCGCCCGGGCGGCUUUCCUCAUUCAGGCCGUCGCCGACCUGCGCCAGAGCCUCAAGAAACGGGGAUCGGAUCUCGUGGUCAGGGUCGGGAAGCCGGAGAAGGUGCUGGUGGAGCUCGCCAGAAACGCCGGCGCCGACUCCGUGUUCGCGCACCGUGAGGCGAUCAAUGGUGAGGUGAAGGCUGAGGCGGCCGUCGAGGCGGCGCUGUCGGAGGAAGGUGUGGAGACUAAGUGGUUCUGGGGGAGCACUCUCUUCCAUCUCGACGACCUCCCAUUCAAAUUGGAGCAGAUGCCGGCGAAUUUCGGUGGGUUCAGGGAGAAGGUCAAGAAAAUGAAAGUGAGGAAUACGAUCGAGGCCGCCGACAAGUUGAAGGGUUUCCCGGCGACGAACGAGGAGAUCGAGCCAGGCCGCAUUCCAACUCUCUCUGACCUGGGACUCAGCCCACUUGCAGCUCAGGGUGGAAAGUCGGCAGCAGUUGGUGGUGAGACCGAGGGAUUGCAGAAGCUGAAGAAGUUGGCAGCAGAAUGCCAGGCCCAGUCUUCUGGCAAGAAUGCUUCCAAGAACAACAUCUACGGUGCCAACCUCUCCUGCAAAAUCUCACCGUGGUUGGCUACCGGCUGUAUCUCUCCGCGCCAGAUGUUCAACGAAAUUAAGAAGAGCGCCAUGAGUUCCGUGAGCGCUGCCAUGAAGAACGGCGAUUGGCUGAUGAAUGAGUUGAUAGAGAGGGAUUUCUUCAGGUUUGUCACUAGGAAAUACAGCGCUGCCAAGACACUUACUGCUGCUCCUGCUACUGCUUGCGCUGGUGCUAUCGCAUAAAACUGGCCCCGCGAUUCGAGAAAUUGCAACGAAAGGUUUAGAGAUGCUUCACGGUCUUCUGUUAGCUGAUGUGAAGAUUAUUGGAAGAAAAGCUCAUUGUGAUUAUCUGUAGCAACGGUCUCUCUUUGUAGAGCUCGUGUUGUUUUUGCCGUCUUUUUUCUCUUUUAGAAAUAGUGUCGAUGGGGGAGAGCAUCUUCUCAAAAUAAAAAACGCUGUGCUGUGUGACCUUCCCCGUUCAUCUGUAUCCCAGGUUAGUGGAGGAAGAAGUCAAAAGAUCGAAAUCUUUGUGUUCA